AGUAUGGAGAACCAGACUCUAGAGGCAGAUACUUUGGUCCUGGAGGGGUUAAAGGUCACCCCUCAGUCCUCCAUCCCGGCCUUCACCCUCCUCCUCCUCAUCUACAUCUUCAUCAUGGUCUCCAACAUCUGUCUGAUGCUUCUGAUCUGCACGGAGCGCAGCCUGCACCAGCCCAUGUACCUGCUGUUCUGCAACAUGAGCAUCAACGAUGUGUUCGGGGCCACCACCAUCAUCCCGCCGCUGCUGAGCGAUGUCUUCACUCCGAUCACGGAGCGCUACGUGGGUUACAUCAUCUGCGUCUUCCAGGCCUUCGGUGCACACUUCUACGGGAGCGCGGCCCACACCGUGCUCAUGGUCAUGGCGUUCGAUCGCUACGUGGCCAUCUGCAACCCGCUGCGCUACGCCACCAUCAUGACCCCCAGGAUGGUGCUGGGUCUGUCUGUGUGGGCGUGGGCGGUGCCCUUCAUCAUGGUGGGGAUCCUGGUCGGCCUCAGCGUGCGGCUGUCUCGCUGCAGGAGGGUUAUCUUCAACCCGUUCUGCGACAACGCCUCCCUGUUCAAGCUGUCCUGCGAGAGCGUGCUCAUCAACAACAUCUACGGCCUCGGCUACACCGUGGUGCUGCUGGGCUCGUCGCUGGGCAGCGUCACGCUCACCUACCUGAGGAUCGCCAUGGUGUGUCUGCGCAGUAAGAACCAGGCCCUGAACAGCAAGGCGCUGCAGACCUGUGCCACGCACCUGGCCGUGUACGUCAUCAUGUUCAUGUCCGGCUCCAUCAUCAUCGUCCUCCACCGCUUCCCGCACCUCUCGGAUCACAGGAAGCUGGCGUCUAUCCUGUUCCACGUGGUUCCGCCUGCUAUGAACACGGUUAUCUAUGGACUGCAGAUCAAAGAGGUCCGGCAGAAAAUCUUCAUCAUGUUCACCAGGAGUCAGAGGAUGGAGGGUAAAUGA